AUGGAGCCGGUGAACGUCCCCCAGGCCGCGGAGAAGAACGACGUGCGUCCGUGCGCUGCCAGCCUGUGGCAGCUACACAUCAUCCUCUGGAAGAACGUGUACGUGAAGCGACUCAGGCGGCACUACGUGACGACCAUCCUGGAGGUGGCCCUGGUCGUGGCCCUCUUGCUGGGCAUCCAGGAGUACGCCGUGACCAGGGAGACGAUGAAGGUCCGAUUGGACACGCACUUCCCGGCCAGCGCGCCCACCAAGUACUGGAACGCCAUGCCGGACGUCGUGGCCAUCGACAAGGUCUUGUACCACCCGAAGUCCCAGUACCUGUCCAAGCUGGUGCGAGAGUCGUUCAGCGACCUCGGCGUGCUCGACGUCUCCGCCGUCGACAGUCUCAAAAACCUGAACGACGCCAUCAAUAAGCUGAAUGACACUCCCACCGUAGUCAUUGGCCUGCACUUCAAAAACGUCCGCUCGAACACAACCGGAAUUCCUAGCAGUCUGGACUGCGUGGUGGUGGCCGGCCGUCUUCCCCUGGACACCCACGUGGACUUUGGGGAGAAGCUCCUGUCCCAACCGCCUGGUCCGGUGAACGAAGCUCAUUUUGUCGAGAUGAACACCAUCAUGCCCAUCAUCGGGACUCUUCAGCAGCGGCACCUCGAGUACUUGGCGCUUGGACACAACCUGUCCAUGGAGGCUGUGCCGCCCGUGAAGCUGCAACGGUUCCCCUACCCUUCGUACAUCGAGGAGAGGGACAUCAGCAACUACGCGCUCGUGCUGAGCCGCUUCUGCAUCGGCAUGCUGGUGCCUUUCGCCGUGUUUGCGGCCCGCCUGACAGACGAGAAGACGUCUGGGAUGAGGGAGAUGCUGCGCAUCGUGGGGCUGAGCGACUGGGUGUACUGGGCCAGCCACUACCUGAGCGCCUUCUUCAUGCACCUCAUCACGGUCACGCUGAUGCUGCUCUUUCUGUGCAUCAAGCACAACGACAAAGGACGCUCGUUUAUCCAGAGCAGCGACCCGUUCCUGGUCUUCGCAAUACUCAUGUGCUUCUGCAGCUCGUGCCUCCUGCAUGCUGCUCUUCUGUCGCUCUUCUUCGCCAACCCUGCGUCCGCUGUGGCUGGCGCCAUGCUGUACUGGACCUUUAGCAGUGCGAUGCCCUUCCUGAUACUAGACCAGGGCACCGGUCACGGCUACCACUUCAUCUCCCGAAAGCACAAGCUCGUCACCUCCAUCUUUCCAGGCAUGAACCUGCACUGGAGCUUCCGCGUCCUCAACCGUUUCGAGAAGUUCGUGGACACAGGUGCCACCUGGAGCAACUUCUUCGACCACUCGGCGACGCCGGACAACGUCACGGUGGCCGAAAUUGUGGUCGUGGGCCUCGUGUUCGACUGCUUCAUUGCCCUGCUUGUCUGGUACCUGGACAACGUCCUUCCGAUCGGACCUGGAAUCGCCAAGCUUUUCUAUUUUCCAUUUACGGCGAGCUACUGGGUCCCGCGGAUUGAGUUCGUGACGGCUCCGGAAAAAACGGCCCAAGAGAAAGAUAACUUCGAGGCUGAACCCAAUGACCAGGUGGUCGCCAUUGAAAUUGUGCAGGCCUGCAAGAACUACGAUACGGUGAGGGCGGUCUGUAGCGCCGACCUACGCAUCCUGGAGAGUCAGAUCACAGUGCUCUUGGGCCACAAUGGCGCCGGGAAAAGCACACUCCUCAACAUCGUCACCGGUUUUAUCGAUUCCAGCUCUGGUACGGUGUUACUGGGAGGCUACGACAUCCGAAAGAGCACCAGGGACGCCCGCGAGAGCAUCGGCUACUGCGCGCAACACAACAUCCUCUUCGAAGACUUGACGGUCGAAGAGCACCUGCUUUUCUUCGCAAUUAUCGUGGUGCUAGAUGAGCCGACUGCCAACAUGGACCCGGACGGCCGUCGCGAAAUGUGGGAGCUCCUGCUCAAGGUCCGGCGCAACUCAGCCAUCUUGCUCACUACCCAGCACCUUGACGAGGCCGACGUCCUGGGCGACCGCAUCGCCAUCAUGGCCAACGGCCGCAUCCGAUGCUUAGGCUCGCCGACCUUCCUCAAGCACCGCUUCACUACGGGCUACCACCUCCAAGUGAACAAGACACCCAAAUGCAACCUGCUCGCCAUCGAGUUCCUGCUCCGCAAGUACGCUCCCCGGGCACAUCUGCAGAGCGACUCAGACAACGAGGCCAUAUUCGUGGUGGGGCAGAUCGUGGCCACCAAGCACACCAUCACCAUGUUCAAGGAACUGGAGCAGCGCAAGGAGGACCUGGGCUUUGAGUCGCUGGGCCUAGCCGUCACGACGCUUGAGGACGUGCUCAUGCGUGUCGGUGAAGAGCACCACAUCCACCGACACCACGCGCAGCCGGACGCCGAUGACAACCAGGAAAUGAUCGAAGCCAGACAGUCGGUGAUCAAGGUGAUUGUGAGCACCAAGCGCUCCAAGCCGAGCCUGGUGAAGAAGAUUUUCGCGCUGCUCUCCAAGCGGGCCAUCUGCACCCGACGCCAGUGGAGGAUGCCGCUGUUCAGCUGGAUCCUACCGCCGCUCCUGCUCUUUCUGCUCUUCUUCCUCGAGAACGCCACCCUCCGAGGGAGCGGCUACGCCAGGGGCGGCAGGGACAACGAGCUGGACUACCGAUUCCACAAAGUCCUCGGCUCUGGCCAUGGUUUCAUCCAGUACGACACGCAGUCCGAGUUCAUCAAGAAGUACCUAGAGGAAGUUCUGAGUCAGCAACACUUUGAAGCGGUGAAUUUGCCUUCGGGCGUGGACGUCAUGCAGUACCUGCUGGACAUGGGUCGGAACACGCUGCGCGAGUACGUUUUCGACGAGCACGCUGGCUUCCAGUUCACCAAGCAAACCGGAACGCUCCUGUGGUACAAUGGACAGAACCCCCACGCCGGCCUCUUGGUGCUCGUGGCGUACAACACGGCGCGGCUGCGCAACUUGACUGGGAACCCGAGGUCGCGCAUGACGUUCAGCGUCAGGGCGAAUCCCGUGGCCAUGAUCGAGGAGGACGAGGCCGAGCAGAACCAGAACACGUACCGCGAGGUGAUGCCCAAGAUUCUGCGCUCCAUCCUCUUCCCCAUGGUGUCCAGCCUCAUGUGCAGCAACUUCGUCAUCUUCCCCAUCACCGAGCGUGUGGUGCAGGUGAAGCACCUGCACCUCAUGGGUGGCGUCAGCACGCUCCUCUACUGGUCCGUCCACUUCUUCUGGGACUUCUUAUUCUACAUGGGCACGGCGCUCUUCGUGCUCCCGCCCAUUCUUUUGCAGGCCGAAAGUUUCACGGACACAGACCUUCGGAGCAUCAUACUGCUGAACCUAUUGCACGGAUUCGCAGCACUGCCGGGCAUCUACGCCAUGUCGUUCGCCUUCGACAAUCCGACCUUCGGCUAUUCGAUGCUUGCUAUCUAUUCCUUCAUCCUAUGUGAGCAUCAUAGAGUGCCCGUCACUUUUGCAUUCACUUUCUCACUUGCAUUGAAGAAUUGA